AUGAAAACGAUUGGAACAUAUCCAUAUGGUUCGUAUAGUUUAGUUAUGGCAUAUGCAUCUAAACGUCGAUUAUAUUAUAAUGUAAUUGAGUCAACAUUAUAUGCUGUCAAUGUUGAUACAGGAAAUCUGGAUGUUAAUAUACAAAUACCAAAUGAUUAUGUAAUAUAUGCACUAGACUAUGAUUCUAUCAAUGAUCGUUUAAUUGCUCUAGUGUAUUCUUCGUCAAUUACAAACGGUUGGGUUUUAACUCAAUUGAUAAUAACAGCAGAAAAAGAAAUACAAUUCAAUCGUAUUGGUAAAACCGUAAUUCCAUUUGAGAAAUAUCUAUGGACAACAACAUAUACAAUAAAUUCAAACGAACAUUCAUGGAUGACAAUAUGGAGUGUUAAAAAUUCAAAUACUAGUAUUUUUAUCUCAUUUAAUAUCGAUAAUGGAGAAAUAAUCGAAAAAUGGGAAAUAAGUUCAAAGGAUCUUGGUAAUUUAGUUUGUUUCAAUUAA